GUACGCUCCGCCGCCGCCGGCCUUCGUUGUUCACACGACCACCGCCAUAUAGCGUCGCAGUUGUAGUGUAGUGUGUGCCGUCCGCGCGGACCGUGUGUGUGUGCCGUUUCGUUGCGCCGCCUUUUCGCUUUCUCUGCGCGCGCGCGCGCGAUCUAAACCGCCGUGUGCUGCGGUACACGCGUGUUUUACACCGAUAAGUCUUGAGUGUAUUUACUAUAAUCAGUUUUUGGUCAUAUAUUUAGUUCAAAAAAAAAAUGUUUCGUUUUAUCAAAUUGUUAAAUUAUUAUCCGUACUGCCUGGUACUGUUAAAGAUAUCGGUCUGUUUCGUGUGUAUCGUUAUUUCGAUUUUCCUUACUCAGAUGAACUUGCUUCAGGACCAGUUGCAGAGGGCGAUGGGUGAUCGCGCGAUAAUCAACACGGCCGUGUCCGGCAAGGAAUACCACACCAAAAUAUAUAUCAUGCUGUAUGAAAUUUGUGAUAAAGGAUCAUUUAGAAAUGAUUCCAGACAUACUCACUGUGAUAGAAAAGAUGACCAAAGACGAAGACAAGUUGAUGCGGUUCGACACGGUCAGUACUGUUGGUUAUUUAUGCACGGUUUUUCACCAACACGAGAACCUCAGACCUUACAUACAUUCUUUCUUACUCCCAGCUAUUAUCAAAGCAUUAUCUGACCCAGCAGAACAGGUAAUAAUGCGAGCUCAGAUGGUUCUCACUUACAUUAUAAGUAAAGGUGUGAUCAACAACAAGACUGUUGAAGACAUUGUGUGUCCAGCACUUAUAUUAGCAGCCAAUUCCACAGAUGAUCUCCAUGUACAAAAUAAUAUUGUUACGUUAGUAGGAAAAAUUGUCCUUAGAAUAAAUGACAAUGUGCUGUGCAAAACUGUGUUGCCAUUCUUAAUCAACAAAAGCCAUAGUGAUUGUAUUUACGUCAGACUCGCUGCUUUAUUAAGUUUUCCUGAACUUGGCCAUGCAUUGGAUAUGGACCAUAAAACUAAAGUAUUGUUGCCUCGUUAUUUUGAGAUGUGUAAUGAUCGUGUGGGCACUAUUCGGAAAACAUGUGCUGACAUUAUUACUCCAUUAUCGGUAUGCUGUGAUGAUGCUUUAAGACGAGGGCCUAUAACUGAUGCAGCUGGACGAUUACUUAGUGACAGUUGUAAAUUUGUGCGGCAGACAGCUUUAGAAAACUUAGGUCCAUUGAUUACCACAUAUGCAAGUCCUGCUGUUACAUCAUUGGUUACUACACGCACUUUAAUUCUGAUGAUGGUCAGCAAUUUCACUGAUGAUUUACAUUAUAUUACUAUGAAAUGUCAAACAAGUCAAGAAUAUUUUAAAGCUACAGAAUUGUUGAUGGAUCGAGAAAAACCCUGGUCAAAUGAAACAACAAUGAAAAAUGAUAAUAAAUUUUGGGUUGCUGAUUAUAAUGUUAAGACUGAAUCUGAAGAAUUAUAUAGCACUUUUGCAUAUUGGAGAGAACCCAUCUGUGAUACAAAAUCAUCUUUUAGUUUUGAAAAUGAUUGUGAUGAUAGGGAAUCUGAAGUUGAACGACUUCAAACCAUGAUACCAAAUAAGUUAUGGUAUGUGCCAAUGAAUAACAAUUCUAAUUUAAAUUGCACUGAAAUGAAAAAAUCCGAGUUUGAAGUAAAACCGAUUUUAGAGGAAAGUAAUAAUGGAGAUUCUAAACCUUCAACUACUGAACACAAUGGCCGUGAUCUAGUUGUACCUACAUUACUACUUGAUCAUUAUGCUGACAUGGCUGGUGCAUUUGAUGACAGUGAUCUUGCAUCUCAAUGUGCAUGUAUGUUACCCGCCGUGCUUGUUACUAUAGGUCCUACUCACUGGCCAUUGCUCCGACAUACUUACUAUGUUUUAGCUUCACACAGAUCUUGGAAAGUUCGAAGAAAGGCUGCAUCUUAUAUACAUAAAUUGGCUAUUUACAUUGGUGAAGAAGCUACGUCCAGAGAUCUCUUACCAAUAUUUGAGUCUCUUGUAUUGGAUUUGGAUGAAGUACGGUCUGGUGCUAUAGACAAUUUUGCAGCUUUUCUCAAGAUGUUAUCAGUGACUGUACGUAGUGAUUUGGCACCUAUGAUGUGCCGAUUUUUGAAAACUGAUUAUGAAUGGAACUGGCGUUUUCGACAAAACUUCUGCGAACAAUUAGCCGAGUCUUUACACUUAUUUACGCCGCUUGAUAUGUACCAUCAUAUACACGAGGUGUGUUUGUCCUUACUCAUGGACAGAAUAUCAUCUGUGCGUCAGUCUGCUUUGUCGCUGGUUCCUGAAUUAUUGGUGGUACUUAAUAAAAAUCUUAGUCUAAAACGAUUGAUGUUGAAUGAACUAGUUACACGUUUUGGACGAGCAGACUUGUGGAGUAGACGUCAAAUGUUUGCCCAAAUAUGCUCAUACAUAUUGAACUACGGUGAUCGAUGUCUAUCUACGAUAGAUUUUAAUAACGAGUUAAUGCCUUGUUUGCUAAACUUGGGUUCUGACCGUGUACCAAAUGUUCGAUUGAUGGUAGCCAAGACUCUCUAUACACAAGUUGCUAACAACUCGGUGUUUAUGGAUUUACAAAACCCACAACAUAAUGUACUUACUGAAACCUUGACAAGAUUAAGAAGAGAUGAGGACAGAGAUGUUCGUUACUUUGCUGAUAGCAAUCGGGGCUUUGGUAUCAGUGCCAAUUAGUUAAUAUUAAUUUACAUGUGCGACCACUUUUAUAUACUUUUAAUUUUACAGCAACAGUUAUUCACAAUAAAUUUUAUCCAAAAAUGGCUGUGCCACAAUAAUGCAUAUGAAAAAUAAACUUAAUAAGAUUAUUA